AUGAUCUACCUCACGAACGCGGCGAAGCGCGACGCGGUGGUGGAGGCCAGGCUCGCGCAAGACGAAAAGGUGCAGUUCGACGAGGCCAAGACCAAGGCAUUGCUACCCUGGAUCGAAAACCAGGCGUGGCAGGCGGUGAACGAGGCGACGGCGGGAGCUGGCGAAGUGUGUCCGAUGAGGUUUCUGCUGAAGUGGAAGAUGAAGGACGGAGUUCGAGAGGCAAAUGCGCGAGUGAUUCUUCAAGGAUUUCACUUGGAGGAGGUGGCGAGCACCAACGUGGAGAAGGCAAGCCCCACUCUGACGAGGCUCGCGAGGUACCUCAUCCUGCUCAUCUUGUGCCAGCAGUCGUGGAAGAUGGUGGCAGCUGACGUGAAGAGCGCACUCCUGCAGGCCAAAGACAUUCGUGAGCAGGGCGUGCGCAUUUUCAGCAGACCGACGAAGGACACCCGAAGGAGGUUGGCGAAGAUGAUGGGCCUAAAGGACGACGAGAUAUUGCAGAUGCUUAAGCCAGCUUUCGGAGAUGUUCGCGCUCCAAGGCAGUGGAAUCAGACGAUCACGGAGGCCAUGAUCGACAUCGGAUUUCCUCAACACCAGCUGGAUCGGUGCUGUUUUCUGUCGUACCGCAUCGCGGCCGACGGCGACGACCCCUUUCUGGUGUGGAGCGCAGACGACGGCCAGAACUACGUCCUGGACGGCAUUCUGGGUUUACACGUGGACGACUUCAUCGGUGGCGGCGAGAACUUGGAGCGCGAGGCCGACCUGACCGACAAGCAGGCCUACGAGGGCGCGUUCCUGGACAGGGUGCAGACUCUCAGCAGGCGCUUUAAGUUCGGCAAGUGGGAGUUUCAGAACGGUAUCGUUUUCUGUGGCAUGGAGACCACGCAGUCGCAGUCAAGGAACGAGAUCGAGGUCAAGGCCGAGCAGUACAUCCACAAGGUGAAGCCGAUUAGCAUCGAGAAGGUACGCCGCCAGCACCCGGGCAAUUUGUGCACGCCGAAGGAGAUCAGCCAGCUACGAGGACUUAAUGGGGCUAUGCAGUGGCCAGCAUCCCAGUGCAUGGCGCAGGCGGCGGCGACAGUUUCUUUUGCCCAAGGUUACGUGAGCAAAGCCACGGUUGGAAGUUUGCUGGAGGCCAACAAGUCAUUGCGGUUCCUGAAGGCGAGUGGCGACGUGGGCAUCCGUAUUCGUUACGUGUCCAAGCGGGAGCAGCUACGACUUGGAGUGUACUGGGACGCAACAAGACUUAACGGCGAGUCGCAAGGAGGCUACAUGAUCGUCGCGAUCGAGGACGACAGGAUCGACGACGGCCAGGCUCAGGCGGCGGCCAACGCGGUGGACGCUCUAGAGCUUGCGAAGACGAUGCUGACCACGAUGCUCUACCCCAACAUGCAGCUGACGGGACCGGACAUGCUGCAGGUGCUCGGGCGAAGCCCGUGCAUCACAGACUGCAAGGCGCUCUACGACGCAGCCAAUUCUCAGGCGCCAGCCGGUGGCCUGACGGAGCGCAGGACGGGCAUCGAGAUCAUGCAAGUGAACGAGAAGAUGAAGGAGUUCGGCGGGGUGUGGAGAUGGACGAAUACACAUCAGCAGAUGGCGGACGGGCUGACUAAGUUGCAAGUGCGACAGCAGUUCGUGGAGAAGCUGAGGAGGAUGACACACGCGCUGAAGUACGACGCGACGUUCACGGCAGGCCAGAAGGUCAGCCAGCAAGAGCGUGACAAGAACGAGCAGGAGCUAAACGACGCGGCGGCCGACUUCGACGAGGCGAAUGCGGUGGGCCAGACACCAGAUGAAGUGCCAGCGCGAGAGAUG